UAUUGGUAGUCAAGAAACAUACAUCGGCGGGGUAGAACGCCCGUCAGCCCAAUGACGCCCUCUUUCGUUCCAGCUCACCGGAUCUGUCGUAGGCUGUGAUGCGUCUGCCUUGACCUUCCUUAGAUAAUAGCCUGCCCACCACCUGGAAAAGACAUGCGCCUAUCUUGCCAACAAGAUGUCUGGUGCUGAGCUUGCCCUGGCUAUUGUGCCGCUUGUUAUAGUGUUGAUUGAACAUCACCAGACCGUCUUUCGCAGAGGCAAGGCACUGACCUUCUCCAAAAUCAGUAAUAACCAACAACUGGACUUCUACCAAGAACUGCAUGCUGAGAUACUUCUACUUAAUUUGACUCUAGAAAAAGUACAGACCACCUGUACGAAAGUGUUGUCCAGCGAAGCAUUACCGGACAAGUCUCAAGCUGAAGCAAUCGAAAUUGCGCUUGGCAAAAAUGCAGACCACUUCAAUCAAAUUCUGGACCGGGUGUUGAAGAGCAUAAACGACGUAGUGCGAGAGAAAUCAAGCGUGCUGACGGACGAUGAUACAGACAGCCAAUAUGCUAUGCUGCACCGGCUUCGUCACUUCGCGGAAACGAUUGAAAAGAAAGAAGCGAAGAAAUCGGCUCGCGAAAAGUUUCGGUUCGCGCGCAAUGAGCAGACUCGGAAUGUGGCGAUAAAACGCAUACGCGACGGAGUACGGAAUUUGGAGCGUGUAUUGGGCUCUUCGACCGAAAUAUUCGAGCACCAGUGUCGCGUGUCUCGGAAAAGAACACCAGCCGAUAGAAUGAAGAAACUCCCCGAAGAACUGUUUAGGAAGUUAGCGAGCAAAUGGUCCUGCUCUUGCCGCACACGACAUUUAGCAAAACUGUGCUUGUGGAAUUGCUGUUGUACGUACGAUAAGCGCGGUGAUUCGAACGACAGUCUCGAUAUCAUCGUAUCUGUGCCCAUCGAAGAUCAAAGGUCGUCUCAAUGGCAAAAAAGCAGUAUUCGCGUUACUCAGAGCCAAGAAGAUCGAGCGAAAAAGAGGAACCAUAACGACCCUCAGGUUCGGUUUGCAGGCAGCCAAGCACCGUCCACUUCCUCUUCAACAAGCACUCCCUCAUCGGUACCGCCAGGUCGCAAUAUUGAAUCCGAGUCGCUAUGUGAUUUGCUACAGAGAGCAAGGACUUCGAAUACAAGCCUUCAAAUCUUGUUUGAGAACGACAUGCUAUGGCAACAGAGAGCCAAGCGAUCAGACUCACAAAUCCGCCACCAGUUGGAUGCAUCUUUGGUGAGUCUGUUGGGAGAUGCAAAAUGCUGGAAAGAACGCAGCAAGUCUCGCGAGAGAUCGAUUUUGGCUGUAGUUCUGGCGCACGCGGUCAUGCAUUGCUGUGAAGGUCCGUGGCUUCGCGCAGACUUCAACAAGAAACAGAUCUUCUUCUUCCGAAAGCACGGUGCUCAACAUCCAGACAUUUGCCAGCCGCUCCUUGCCCUAGACUUUACACAUCAUCAGACCACUAUUGACGACGACGAUCUAUUCUCGGUUCACUCAAACCCCACUCUUCUGUCUCUGGGCAUCCUGCUCCUCGAGAUAAACGACGGAAUUAAGAUAGAGGACCACUGGGCUCCAGAAGACCUCAUGGGUGGCUCGGUACCGAACGAGAGCACGAAUUUGACGACAGCGCUCCGACUACUGGAGAAGCUCGACGGUGAGCUGUUUAUCGGAUCACAAAGCGCAGUACGGGCAUGUCUCGAGUGGGAUGAAUUGAAUGACGGAAGGGAGGAUGAGGACUUCGUGAAGCGAGUAUAUGAGCUCAUCGUUGAACCACUAGAGGAGGUGUUGCAGCAAGCCUGGGGUGUCACACCAGAGCAGCUAGGAUUCGAUAGGAUACACAAGAGUCAGGAGGCUGGUUCGGGGGGCACAUAAUGUAACGGGAACGCGUGCAGUAAGUUUGCGAUGUGGCCCACUUUUGAUGCGCAGGUGACGUGAUGCACGCGUUUUAAUUGGAUUGAAGCCGGCGCCCCCUGAACCACCUCAACAGCCCGUG